UACAUGCGCCUCCGAACCGGCCGCAGGGAUCGCAAAGGAUUCCACAAUGCAGCCAGCGUGUAAAGCAUACGUGGCCAUUGAAGUAUGACUGAGUGAAUGUCGGAGAUUUGUCUUUUGCCGCGUUGUCCAUAGAAGCUCCCGCAUCGGCUUCGAAUCACUGGUGGUUCCACGCUGCAGCCUGCGCCUACAGCACAAGAGGACAUUCAGGUAGAAAACAAUGGAACAUGGAGCCGUGGAUUGUUCCUUAGUGGAACGGCGUGGCGAACUUCGGAACUAUGGCUACCGGAGAGAUAAUGAUGGCGGCCGUGCAGGAAUUCGGAGACCCGGAAGAACUCGUCCACUGCGAGCACUGCGUCACCCUGAAACUGGAAAGUGCGUGGGCGACUGAGAAGCACUCUUUGCCGGAUGAGUUCACCUUGAGCGAAGACAAGAAGACGGUGACUAUGAAGCCGGAGGACAUGGUGACCAACAGCGACCUGCUUGGCAGUGUAGGCGUAGCGGCUGCGCUAUUCGCCGGAUGCGACGAGCUUACCGAGUCCAACCCAGUUCUCAAAGCAGCUCAAGAGGCCUUGAAGAACGUCACGACAAUUGUCGUAGUUCAUAACAGGAACCUGGUAUCUGACCUGAUAACGUGGUUUCCCGCUGUCACCACCAUCGUUCUGUACCACGACCUGAAGCUGCAGCACGACAAGGACUACAUAAUGCAAGGGCUCGUCAAGCACUCGCACCUGGAGCGGCUGCUGGGCACCACGCCGGCCCUGGGCGCCGACUACCUGCUGAUAAUGCCCUUGACCUCUGUCAAUCUUCACUUCAACUGCCCGAAGCUGGAAAUGCUCCGUGCUCUCAACCUGAACGCCGGUGGAGGCGGCGGCGAACCAUGUGCGCCGUCGUUCAAGUGUGCGAGUGCCACGGCGAGCUUCACUCGCGAGGAAGCCUUGCUCGGGUGCACUCUAACUGCGGAGAACGGACAACCUGUCACGGCGCACGCACUGAGCGCCGACGAGGUUGCCGUAUUCGCCAAGGACCGUAACCACUGCAGCGAAAUCAAAAGCCUUCGGCUCACGUCGACAACGGAGCGUGGCCUCGAAGAGGCCGGCUGCUUCUCCAACGUUACCCAGCUGUCUCUCAACUUCGCCUCCGAGACAUCGUACUGCCCUUUCUAUCCCCACAUCGUCAACGUGCUCUCGCGGCUCACACUCGAGUCCCUAAGGCUGAGCAACGUCACCGACGUCAGCGUGUCGGCCAUAGCGAAACACUGCCGCGGGCUCGAGUGCCUGGGCCUCGGCGAAUGCGUCGUCCUCGAUGAAGAGAUUGCCGAGGACACCGAGUUCCAGUGUCUUCGCAAGCUGCGCGUCGGCCGGUCCAUGAGCGAACGGACCUUCUUCGGCCUGCUCCGGUCGUGUCCCUCCCUGGCUGAGCUACAGGUCCACGACGACGACCUGACGACGGCGUUACUCUUGGGCCUGCCGCAGUUCGCCGUCAAGUACUGCGGUCUCGACUGUCUCGAGAGGCUCGCGCUGCGCACGGACCCGAAAGGUCGUGGGGGUCUAGCCGGACGGCAGGGACUUCCGGACGACCUCGAUCGCGCCCUCACUGCGCUGCCGGCGCUUCGCAUCGUCCGCACCGACGACUUCAGGGUGCGGCUUCACAUGGAGAGGUGUGCGCCGUGGGUUCGUCUGGAGUGGUACGGGUGUACGGUCUGCCUCUCGGAGUACCCGAAGAUGGACUCGUUCCAGGAACAACUCUGGCUGGACGUGCAUCAUCACGUUAAAUAGAGAGUCGCUGCGUGCGGGUGGAUGUUGCACCACACCCUGCGAAGCAGAGUCACGCUGGAGGUUUAUAUGUACUUGUCACAGAUGACGUUAUAUAUAAAUGUUUCCUUGCACGAUUUGCUGCUGCGACAAUUUGCCUCGCAACGUUACCCCUUGUGAUAGAAUGCAGGUGUGUUUUUGUUCAAUGACAUACGACGUUUAAGCUCGACAUCUAAAAAUAAGCUAUCGUUCUGUCAUCCGAUGCA